UCCGACUUACCAAACGGUGGAUGAGCUAGUGCCUUGUAACUGUCCUUGUAUGGGGUGUAGCAGUCAUUCCUCAGUUUCUGUGGAGAGACCGGAGCAGUUGAUCAGAACAACCUCAGCUCAUUUUUUUUUUUUUACUUCCCCUGCAGUGAUACAAGGGGACAGCAAACGACAUGAAGACAUGUGAUAGUGAAGAAAAUCAACACAAAAUGGAGGAGGGGUCCUACCAAGCCACUGAACAGAUCAGUGUUGAUAGAGGCAAUACAAAAGGUGCUGACAUGGCUUCUGCUCAUCCUGAGACACUUCAUGUCCUCACCUGGAAUGUAAACGGCCUACCAACUGCAUUACAUCCGAACAAAAGGGUAGAUCCAGAGACUAAUGAACAUCUAUUCUCAAAAAUAAUUAAAGAUGCACAUGUUGUGUUGUUACAAGAGACUCAUAUUGGCGAGAAAAAUAAAAAUGUUAUCCAGAAGCUUUCAUCCAACUGGCACUUGCAUUACACAGUGUAUAAAACAAAAGAAAGAGGAGUUGCUAUAUUGGUGAACAAGAAACUCCAGUUCCAGGUAUCAAAGGAGUUUAAACACAGUUAUGGAGAAUACAUAGUCCUCCAAUGUGAAAUAGAAGGUCAGACGUACAUUUUGGUGAGUGUUUACAACCAUAAGUCUGACAAAGAACUUCUCAGUGGACUUUCAGAUCAUCUACAGCAAUACACCACAGGAGUCUUAGUGAUUGGAGGAGACUUCAACACUGUACUAAACCCAUACAUGGACAAACUCGUGGAAACAACAUCUCAAGACCAAUCCGCAUUACUACCUAGCCUAAAGAACUUCAUGAGGGCUCAUCAGCUAGUAGAUGUCUGGAGAAGGUCUACAAAAAUCAAAUGCUUCUACACUUUCUACAGGAACAAUAGCAACUCAAGAAUUGAUUACUUCUUCCUGCCAGAAGAGUGUGUUUGGCAUGUGAAGAGAUGUGAAAUAAAUGACGUACCCUCUGAUGACCAUCUGCCCAUCAGUCUUUAUUUGAACUCAGGAGACAGUGCAGCCAACAUACCCCUAAACCCUAUAGUCAGAGCCCAACCCUGGGAAGAAUCGAUUCCGUGGAUGUACAAAGUACGCAGUACAGAGAUUGAAGAGGCCAUCAAGGCUCUACAAGUGUCUGACACACCAAGGCCUAAUGGAAGACCUGUAUCCGAUUACAAAAAGCGAUCCCCUGAAGUCAUCCAGGAGCUGAUGGACACCUAUCACAGAAUCUGUAAUGGGUUAUUUAACUUUGAUACUAGCUUCAGUGCAUCUUUUGCAAAACAGAAUUUUCUUUUCUUUAAUGUUGACUAUGUCAUCUUGGCGACAAUUGUGGCCAGGCACUUAGAAUGUUCCCUGGAACCGUGUAAUCAUAGAAGGGUAGACUAUGAAACACAUGUCCCCAUCUGCUAUCGUAUUGUUGGACAUGAUGUUAUAUCUGUUGAAUGGGGGGAGCUCGAGAAAGCUAUUUCAAAUGUUCUUCAAGCAGGAAAUCCCCUUUUGAAUAUCCUGGAGAGAAUGCUCCCCAGAGAAGGCUCACGGAUACUUCUAUACUAUGGCUGCCCUUUGACUCCAGUGCUGAGGAGCUUUCUCGUGAGGAAUCGUGCUGAAGAUGAUUUGGAACAAAACCUGAACGUCACACCAGCCGAGCCCCUCAGGGUUUAUGGAGAUGAUGUGAUCGCGGUCAUUCCUAGAGUACCGCCUAACUUUGAUCAGGAUUUAGAAUGUGGGGCCUUUAUAGUGAGACGAAGCACUGCAUCUGUCCUUCAUGUCUUACAUUACAAUUAGAGACUUAUUCCUCACAUUGAUACCUUCACACCUUUAUAAUAGUGUCAGUGUAGUCAUUGAAUAAUUCAUGGUGAGGGAUGAAAUUAUUGCAGACCAGCCACUCCUACUACAGCAGUGUUGCUUUGGAGAUGAUGGUUCAGACUGUGGAGCUGCAGUCUAUGAAAUAGCUUUGUUGCCUUUACCAGGCUGAAAGUAUAGACAUUAUUUAAUCUCUAGAAUUCUUAAGAAUGCAUAUACUAAUGAGUUAUGGGUAUUGUAAUUUUGUCAAGUGUACUGUUGUACAUGCAUGAUAAUCAUGUUAUUGCGUAUCUCAGCCCUUUGGUGGAUAUACAGCGAUGUUCUAAACACCUGUUGAGGAGGGGAUGAGCUGUUUCUGUGUUACUGUUACAAAUGACACUGCAUGUGAGUCAGUCUCGCUGGAAUAUUCUAGAUGUGAAGACUGGCUCCCUGGCACACCUUAUAAUAAAGGUUUUUGCUAAACCCUUCA